AUGGCUUCGGCGGCGGCGACUCAGGUGGGGACUUACUUCCUGCGGAACUACUACAACCUGCUGCAGCAGACCCCGGAUGUAGUCCACCAGUUCUACAGUGAAGCAAGCACCAUGGUCCGCGUCGACGACCUCACCGGCACGACCGCGGCCGCCAACAACAUGAUGGACAUACACUCGCUCAUCAUGUCCUUGAACUUCACCCAAAUCGAGAUCAAGACUGCCAAUUUUGUGAACUCGUGGGGCGAUGGGGUGCUAGUAAUGGUCUCUGGUCUCGUGCAGACCAAGGAGUACAGCCACCAAAGAAAAUUUAUCCAGAUGUUCUUCCUUGCCCCUCAAGAGAAGGGUUACUUUGUCCUCAACGAUUACUUUCACUUCGUUGACCAAGAACAUGUGCAGCCUGCGCCAGUGAUUGGUCAGGAAGACUACGAGAGCAAUUUGGCACCCAACACAGUUGUUGAGACUGCUCCUGAGUACAUUCACGAGGAAGAAGCUCAACAAAUGGCACCUGAAGGACAUGAUGUGGUCGACAACUAUACUUAUUCUGAGCCACAACAGCAAGUAGUGUCAUCUGACAACUGGGGAGAGGAGCCCCUUACUGAAGAACCGCCUUCUUUCUCAAAUGAAAUGACAGUCGCUCCUGAGGAGCCGGUGCAAGCUCCACCUGUUCCACCUCCUCACGUGGAGGAGCCUGUUGGUGAACCAGUAAAGAAGACUUAUGCUUCCAUUCUAAAAACCGCAAAGGCUCCUCCCGCAUUCCCGGUAGCCCAGCAAGUACCUGUGAGUAAGCCUUCUCACCCUACAACAGAGUCAAACCAGACCCAGCAUUCAGUUAUGGCUUCAUCAACGGGAGCUGAGAAACCGAGGUUUGAUGUCUAUGGUGAGGGUGCUGCCCAUGAUGAUGAAGAGAGCAAAUCUGUUUAUGUUGGCAACGUGCCAGCAAAUGUAACUGAGGUUGAUCUGGAAAGUGAGUUCAAAAAGUUUGGCCGGCUUAUUCCUGACGGUGUUGCUAUCAGAAGCCGAAAGGAGACUGGUGGCUAUUAUGCUUUCGUGGAAUUCGAGGAACUCAGCGGUGUACACAAUGCGUUAAAGGCUUCACCAAUUGAAAUAAAUGGACGGCAGAUAUAUGUUGAGGAGAGGAAGCCAAAUAGCGGAAUAAGAGGUGGAAGGAGGGGAGGUCGUGGCCGUUUCAGCGGUGGAGGCCGUGGAUAUGCGAGAGGCGGAGGUGAUGAGUACAAUGGUAACCGCGGGAGGUCAAAUGGCUAUGGUCGUGCUCCUCACCAAGAGAGGGGCAUACUCGGGAGCCACACUCCAAGGAACUGA